AUGGCGGGCGGCGGCGUCGGGGACGCGUACGGCGAGGACCGCGCCACCGAGGAGCAGCUCAUCACGCCAUGGGCCUUCUCCGUCGCAAGCGGCUACACCCUGCUGCGCGACCCGCGGCACAACAAGGGGCUGGCCUUCUCGGAGGCGGAGCGCGACGCGCACUACCUCCGGGGCCUGCUGCCCCCCGCGCUGGCGUCGCAGGAGCUGCAGGAGAAGAAGCUCAUGCACAACCUGCGCCAGUACGACCAGCCGCUGCACCGCUACAUCGCCAUGAUGGACCUGCAGGAGCGCAACGAGAGGCUCUUCUACAAGCUCCUCAUCGACAACGUCGAGGAGCUGCUCCCCGUCGUCUACACGCCCACCGUCGGCGAGGCGUGCCAGAAGUACGGCAGCAUCUACCGACGACCGCAGGGGCUCUACAUCAGCCUCAAGGACAAGGGCAAGAUCCUGGAGGUGCUCAAGAACUGGCCCGAGAGGAGCAUCCAGGUCAUCGUCGUCACCGACGGCGAGCGCAUCCUCGGCCUCGGGGAUCUCGGCUGCCAGGGGAUGGGAAUUCCCGUUGGCAAGCUCUCUCUCUACACUGCCCUCGGAGGUGUUCGCCCGUCAGCUUGCCUGCCCAUCACGAUCGAUGUCGGCACCAACAACGAUACCUUGCUUAACGACGAGUUCUACAUCGGCCUCCGCCAGAAACGUGCCACCGGCGAGGAGUACCAUGAACUUCUUGAAGAAUUCAUGACCGCCGUCAAGCAAAACUACGGCGAGAAGGUCCUCACCCAGUUCGAAGACUUCGCCAACCACAACGCUUUUGACCUGCUGGAGAAGUACAGGGAGAGCCAUCUCGUCUUCAACGACGACAUCCAGGGAACAGCCUCCGUGGUCCUGGCAGGCCUCUUGGCGACGCUCAAGGUGAUCGGUGGAACGCUUGCAGACCACACUUACCUGUUCCUCGGUGCCGGCGAGGCCGGGACUGGCAUUGCCGAGCUCAUUGCUCUCGAGAUGUCAAAACAGACUGGGUCUCCGAUCGAGGAGUGCCGCCAGAAGAUCUGGCUGAUGGACUCCAAGGGCUUGAUCGUGGCGUCGCGGAUAGACUUGCUGCAGGCGUUCAAGAAGCCGUGGGCGCACGAGCACGAGCCCGUGGCGACGCUGCUGGAGGCGGUGCAGUCGCUGAAGCCGACGGUGCUGAUCGGCACCUCGGGCAAGGGCGGCACCUUCACCCAGGACGUGGUGGAAGCCAUGGGUGCCCUGAACGAGAAGCCCGUGAUCUUCGCGCUGUCGAACCCGACGUCGCACUCUGAAUGCACGGCGGAGCAGGCCUACACGUGGACGCAGGGCCGCGCGGUGUUCGCGAGCGGCAGCCCGUUCCCGACGGUGGAGCUGGACGGGAAGACGCUGGUGCCGGGCCAGUCCAACAACGCCUACAUCUUCCCCGGGUUCGGCCUCGGCGUCGUCAUCUCGGGCGCCAUCCGCGUCCGCGACGACAUGCUGCUGGCCGCCUCCGAGGCGCUGGCGGAGCAGGUCACCGAGGAGCACUUCGCCAAGGGCCUCAUCUUCCCGCCCUUCACCAACAUCCGCGCCAUCUCCGCGCGCAUCGCCGCCAAGGUAGCCGCCAAGGCCUAUGAGCUCGGCCUCGCCAGCCGCUUGCCACGUCCCGACGACCUCGUCAAGUAUGCUGAGAGCUGCAUGUACACCCCCGCCUACCGCAGCUACCGGUAA